UCGUUUAAACCCCUGAUUUACGCAUAGCGUCUCAUCUUCAUUGAAGACACAGGCGUAUAGGAUUGUGUCGCAGCGUCUCCGUUCCGAGGCGCUGACAGAGCAUCUGUUGGAAUAUAUUCCUCUCCACGGGAAAAAGGCAAACAGCUCCAUCUCCUUUCGCCUCCAUCCGGGGAGCAAUCAGACGGGUGAAAUGAACGCGUAAAUGGAGUUUCAAUCGUUGUCGUGACUGUUGCUCACCGCCUCUCACUCUGCAGAAGAUUUCUGCGUUAAGUUGCAGCAGCGUCCAUAGCACCGCAGCGCUCUCCUCCGCAGACAUGGGUACCGUCCUCUCCAUAUCCCCCUCGUCGAAGAAGACGUCUAUCAUGGACGCCGAGGUCGCAGUGGAUGGACUCAAAAACGACAAGAGCCUCAAGAGGCACUCGAUGUUCGUGUCCCUCUCCUGGAAGAAGCUGGUGACCAGCUCGGCCAAGAAGAGCGCAAAGAAAGUGAACCCGAACCCGCUUCCCACCCGCGACCUGCCGUCCAACCAGGUGGCCCAGCUCAACAACGAGAACAUCAGGAAGACGCACCAAACCGAGGAGAAGAAACCCAAAGCGCCCAUCCCAGUGCCGGUGCCAACAGUCCCCACGCAAAACAACGAGACUGCCGUUCAGAACGGGAGGGUACCCGCGGUCCAGAAGCAAACCAGCAACUUGUCCCUGGUUUCACCCAAGCGGAUAGUUAUCCAGGCUUCCACCGGGGAGCUGCUUCGCUGUUUAGGGGACUUCCUGUGCCGCAGGUGUUACAAACUGAAAGAGUUAAACUGCGGGGAGGUAAUCCUCUGGUUCCGGAACAUUGACAGGACGCUUUUGAUUCAGGGCUGGCAGGAUCAAGGCUUCAUCACACCGGCCAACGUCGUGUUCGUGUACCUGCUGUGUGAAGACACGAUAGAUGACAGCGUAGACAGCCCCGCCGAGCUGCAGGGCACCUUCCAAACGUGCCUCUACCUGGCCUACUCCUACAUGGGCAACGAGAUCUCCUACCCGCUCAAGCCGUUCAUGAUCGAGUCGAACAAGGACGUCUUCUGGGAGACGUCGCUCCGGAUCAUCAACAGGAUGAGCGGCAAGAUGCUCCAGCUCAACGCAGACCCGCACUUUUUCACGGAGGUCUUCCAGGACCUCAAGAACCAGCGAGAUGCCAGCGAAUCGAACCUGGACCGCUGACACUGAAACGAACAAAGACAUGGGCGCGUUUAAAAAUGAAUGUAAAAGACGAAUGCAAAAUCACAUAUGGGUGGUUUUGAAUAAGGAUGUCGAAGGCUUCUCAUGUCCGGGCUGACUAUGUCUCUCAUGAUGUUACACAACUUCAGUAGGCUACAGUGUAGGAGAUUUUAUAAAUGCAUGCCAAUGGUAGAUUCUUCUUUGUUUUUAUUCGUGUCCCUUGAUUGAUGCAGGGAUUGACUUGGUGACACUAAAUCUCAUUCUAAGUGAAAAUCAAAUCCCCGUUCCAUUCAUGAUUAGCCUAGAUAAGUGAAUGGAUGUCGCAGUGAGCUGAGGUUCAGGGUAGGACCAGAAUAGAUCUGCGAGGUCCAUUCGAGAGGCGGAGCUGUCCGAGGUGCUGACCUGUGCGGCCAUUUCUCCUCCCCUCCCUGUUAUGUCAGUCACUUUUCCAAAACAGAAACAAGCGUGGCUUAAGAGGCCAAGAGUCAGCGCAGUCUACUUUGAGCACAUAGGCUUAAGCCUUCUAAGUACAUAUGUAGUAUAUAUAUGUAUACUUUUAACAUCAGUCUGCUGAUAGUCAAGAUGUUGAACAUGCAACUGGUGUCAGAGGCAUGUUUCUUUAAGGGGACAAACUACUCGGUAUAACUGUAGAUAUGGGCAGUAGAGGUAGUUUUUAUCCGCGAACCUUCACCCUUGCUGUAUUUAUGGCUGCUUUAAUACCUGACAGGUAUAUGAAACUGUUUUCAGCUCGUUUCGUAUGAUUUAAAAAAAAAAGAAAAGAACAAAAACACCAAAUCUCACAUAAUACCAAUCUGAUUUUGCAGAACAAUGUGAUUAUAUACAUGGGUUAGACAUGAGGGUGAACAGGGGAAGGAAUGUGAAAUAUGUGAAGGGAGCAUCUUCCCGUCUUGAAUGUGAUCAGUUGCACUAAAUGCGCCCACAGAUGGCCACGCAGCGAGAUUAAUCAAACCGAGGCCUCCGUCGUGUGUCGACCCCUGCAGAGGUCGUCCAGAGACUGAAUGGAAUGUACAGUUUUUCAAGAGAUUUGUUUUGUUUUUUUGUUUGUUUUUUUUUUUCCAAUCUUGAAUGUGCCAACUAUUAAAAAAUGGCCUGAAUCUUUAUAGUUUACAUGUACAUACCCCACAUUAUAGAGUAGCUUGAUUAUUUUAUUUUCUGCCUGUUUUGGAAGGUGACUGUAUACAGUGUAGUUCCAAAAAAAAAUGGAUAAGAGCUUAAUGGUCAAGUUAUACUUUGGCCCUGUUCUGCAAAAUGUACCAUGGGCCUCUGUUUGCCUGCUGUAGUUCAGGAUUCUUCAAAGUAUAUACGUAUUUAAUGUAAAGAUCGCAUUAUUAACUGGCAGAAGGCUAUCAUUUGCACAUGUGUUAUUGCAGUUUUUAUAAGCUAAACGUGAUCCGACUCUAAUUGUCAAACCAAACGUAUCGGCGCAAACCUGGCCAACCAGUGCUGAAUGGUCCUUCAGAGUGAUCAUCGUGAUGUUGUGUCGUGAAUCCAUUGCUUUGAAAGUGAAUUAUAAUGCUGCUAUUUUGCACAGCUGUGAACAAACCUACGAUGUUUUGCACUGUGGUAUAAGACAACGGUGAUGAGCCAGUGUUUCCUUUCAAGCGCUGGAGCAUUUGCCAUCACAGUUACAGUCACCAGUUCUCGCUCUAGGAUGAUCAUCCGUGAAUUGAAUCAUCUGUAGUUAUGUCAUCAAUGGAAAGUGGUAUUAGAUGUUUUGUCUGUGGUGUUCCGCCGCAGUUGCAUUCACUCUCUCUACAUGUUAAUUAAAGGUCAAUGCAGUAAUUGUUUAUGGUGACCAUAAGGAAAUAAAUCCAAACUUAUGUAGGA